UUGCACUACCAGCAUAAAGUUUGAGCAUGUCAGACCAAUUAAUGAUGAUGGACGCUUCAUAAACAGAGAUAUUGAUGGGUUUCCUGUGACCUGCAGUGGCACAUCUCACGAUAGUAUGGUAGUUCUGAAGCAGGAAUCUCAUUACGCAGAGGCCAAUGAUCAUAGUUUCUCACAAUUGAGACUUCAAAUAGAACAAGGUAUUCCUGUUCUAUCUAAGUGGUUAAUCUUCAACAGAUUCAAAUUCGUUGCAUCAAAGGGGGUUAAACUUGGGCCUGCAUUUUUCUUGGCAAGCCUGACAGGUGGUUCAAUUGUAGGGGACAUGGCACCUUACCAAGCUUUUGCAAUUGGUGGUCUUGGUAGUGUUCGAGGAUAUGGUGAGGGUGCUGUAGGAUCUGGGAGAUCGUGUCUUGUCGCAAACAAUGAAUUAACAUUCCCUUUGAACAAAAUUUUGGAAGGUGCUGUUUUCAUGGAUUAUGGUACGGACUUGGGCUCUGGCCACCUCGUUCCAGGAAAUCCUUCUCUUAGGCAUCGAAAACCUGGGUGUGGACUUGGAUUCGGGUAUGGUCUUCGGUUGAAGUCUAACUUGGGUCAGUUUCAGAUUGAUUAUGCCAUAAAUGCCUUUCAACAAAAGACUGUCUACUUCGGCAUCAGCAAUGUUGUGGGAUGAAGGUUAAGUUAUGCCAAGAAGAUGAAGCUUUUCGUGGUCCAUUGAAUGAAAAAGUCAUCAAGGACAAUCAUAUGUCAAACAGCUCCUUGAGGAAUGACUCAAGGAGACCAGACCUAUGGUUUGGUUCUAUGUCACAACACUUAAGCCAUCGAAAUUUGAGUAAAUAUUACCAUUGAGUGGUUUCAAUUUU